AUGACACAGGUGGACACAAUAACACAGGUAGACACAAUGACACAGAUGGACACAAAUGACACAGAACACAAUGACACAGGUGGACACAAUGACACAGGUGAACACAAUGACACAGAUGGACGCAAUGACACAGAUGGACACAAUGACACAGGUGAACACAAUGACACAGAUGGACGCAUGACACAGGUGAACACAAUGACACAGGAACACAAUGACACAGAUGGACGCAAUGACACAGGUGGACACAAAACACAGGUAGACAAUGACACAGGUGGACACAAUGACACAGGUGGACACAUGACACAGGACACAAUGACACAGGUGGACACAAUGACACAGGUGGACAGUGUGACACAGAUGGACAAUGACACAGGUGGACACAAUGACACAGGUGAACCAAUGACACAUGUGGACACAAUGACACAGGUGGACACAAUGACACAGAUGGACACAAUAACACAGAUGGACAAACGUAAUUUCCUGGAAAAUUACCAAGACACAGCAAGCCUGAGCGUAACACAGCAAGACACAGCAAGCCUGAGCGUGACACAGCAAGACAGCAAGCCUGAGCGUAACACAGCAAGACACAGCAAGCCUGAGCGUGACACAGCAAGACACAGCAAGCCUGAGCGUAACACAGCAAGACACAGCAAGCCUGAGCGUGACACAGCAAGACACAGCAAGCCUGAGCGUAACACAGCAAGACACAGCAAGCCUGAGCGUAACACAGCAAGACACAGCAAGCCUGAGCGUGACAGCAAGACACAGCAAGCCUGA